AUGCAAGGCGACGGUUCAACUCUUUAUGGCGAUGUCCUAGCCAAACAACCAAAAGAUAAGGAGAACGAAGGAGAUUACUCCCCUUCAGCUGUCGCUGCCACCUCUCUCUUUGAUCUCUACCAUCCCCGUCACGUCAUGCAACAACAUCAAGAUAUGAUCAACCGCCAUAAUCUCUGCCUCACGCGCCUCCAUGAAGCUUCUAAAGAAGUGGAGGCACUCCGCCAAGAGAAUACUGCUUUGCGAUCUGUAAACCGCGACCUCAGCAAGCAACUCAGCACACUGAUCCAAGCCUCUAUGCAGAACCACUUCGCAACGUCUGAUUAUAGCGCGACGCCGUACGAAUUGCUGAAUGAGUUUCAAGGGCUUUGUCUCGGUAGUGACGGUGGGGGCGUAGGAGAGGAAGAGGUUUCUGACGAGUGUCCGACGAGCAUGAUGGAAGGUGCUGGGGAUGUGGAGAGGGUUAUGUUGCCUAAGAGCAUAUCUGUUAGGUCUAAUGGAUAUCUGAAGAUGAUGAGUAGUCAAAACAGUCAAAACGCUGGUGUGAGUCGUCGUCGUAAAUAUCGGGGACCAACUCGGUCUGGAAAUGCCUCUCAACUCAGUGGAGCGAAGGUGUACGUGCAAGGAGGAAAAAAGGAGGAAGAGCCACUUGAACUGGAAGUGUACAACCAAGGCAUGUUCAAGACUGAACUCUGCAACAAAUGGCAAGAGACCGCUGCCUGUCCAUAUGGUGACCACUGCCAGUUUGCUCACGGCAUUGAAGAGCUCCGCCCUGUAAUCCGCCACCCUAGGUACAAGACUGAGGUUUGCAGAGUGAUCCUUGCUGGUGAUGUCUGUCCCUAUGGUCAUCGAUGCCAUUUUCGCCAUGCACUAACUGAACAAGAGAAGUUCAUGGGCUUCCUCAAGCCCUCGACCAGGUAAAAACUUUGAUCCAUGACUCGGUUGCCAUAGAGAUGUGGAUGUACUUCAUAUUAAUUCCGAACCCCAAAAUUUGGGAAAAAUAAUAUUGCUUAAUAUAGGAAGUCAAUAGGCAUGGUGGACUCCAAAGUUUAUACGAUUGGAAUAAUUAGAUUUUUUGUUUAUAUUUUAGAUUCAAACUCUGAUAACCAUAUUCACGUAGUCGUUGGUACGUAAAUUUCGAAACUUCGGAUAUAA